AUGACGACAUCGGUGACGCGCGCGCGCAUCGGUCGCGACGGAUCGCUCGGUCGACGCACGGCGACGGCGUCGGCGAGCGAUGCGUCGGGAUGGAAUUUUCUUCGACGGUGUCGAACGAUGUUCGUCCAGACGCAAGCGACGCCGAACCCGGAGUCGUUGAUGUUUCAACCGGGACGGGACGUCUACGCGGAGGGGUCGAGAAACUUUGGAAGCGCGCGGGAGGCGAUGGUGUCGCCGCUCGCGCGAAGGUUGUUCGCGAUCGACGGCGUGACGAAUGUGUUCCUUGGCGUGGAUUUUAUCACGGUGACCAAGGAUGCGGAUCACGAUUGGGAGACGGUGAAGCCGAGGACGUUUGAGGCGAUCAUGGAUUUUUACGCGAGCGGCGAAGCCGUCGUGGACGAGGCCUCUUUGGAGGGGCACGGGACGGCGAUCGAGGAGGAUGACGAUGAAGUCGUGGCGAUGAUUAAGGAGCUGCUGGAGACGAGGAUUCGACCGGCGGUCGCGGAGGACGGUGGGGACAUCGUGUUCAAGGCGUACGACCAGGAGACCGGGGUGGUCUCCGUGCAACUCAUGGGAGCCUGCGAUGGAUGCCCGUCCUCGAGCGUGACGCUGAAGAGUGGUAUCGAGAACAUGCUGAUGCAUUACGUUCCAGAGGUGAAGGGUGUGCAGCAGUGGUCGCCAGAAGACGAAUUGGACAUUUUAGAACUCGCAAACUUGCACCGAGGACGUCGCUAG